ACUUCCGUCCAUCGACACUCCCCCUCAUCACAAUAUAUAACUACUACCCUACGUUCUUUUCAUCAUCUUUCUGCUGAAUUAAAAAACACAAGAAAUCUGUACAAUUUUUCGACAUAAAAUGAUGUUCCUCCUCGGUCUUUUACCCUUUUUGGCUGCCACACAUGCCCAAAGCACGGCCUCUACUUUUGACAUCGAGUUGGUGGAAGCCAACUUCGAAGCUGCCCAGCUCGUCCCCGAGCUCAUCUCAACUUUCACCCCGGAGGGUGUACUCAAUGUCACUUUUGGUGGUACCGACAUUUCCAUCGGCCAGAAUCUCACUCAAGAUGCUGUGGGCUCGUCCCCCACCCUGCUCGUCGUCCCUAGCUCAAAUGCGACUGACGUGUCUACUUCGAAUAACUACACUGUCAUGAUGGUCGAUGCCGAUAUCGUCGGCACUGAUGAAGGUGCCACUGGGCAGACAAGGCAUUGGUUGGUGAAUAACGCCAAACUUGUCCAAGGCGACUCUGGGUAUAGUGUAGGGUACGAUGGCGCUAUUUCCAUCACCGACUAUGCUGGACCGGGUCCAGCUGCCGGCUCUGGUGCUCAUCGCUAUGUCAUCCUCGUAUACACCCAGCCCUCAACGUUCACCCCUCCGGCCAACCUGUCGACCGCGCAUACUCCUUUGAGCACUUUCUCCUUCUCCGACUACGUAAGCCAGACUGGACUUGGAAAUCUGGUCGCCGGGAAUUAUUUCCUUGUCGAGAACGGCGUGGCAACGGUCUCCGUUCCUAGCACUACCCCGGUCAACACUGCCACUCUUGCAACCGCAUCGACGACCAGCGGGUCCAGCAGUCCUUCUGGGACCUCUUCCGCUCCUUCGGGAUCGAAGACAUCCUCCGCGUCCUCCUCUCCCAGCAGCUCUCCUUCCGGCGCCGCCAUCAAGCAGACCAUUGGUAUGGGCGCCAUUUCUGGCGCCGUCGGCAUCGUUCUCGCCGUCGUCGCUGCCGGUCUCGGCCUCUGAACUCCUUAAUCUCGACUCUUGUGAGAAUGAUACUGUCACGGACAAUGAAAUAUCAAGACGAUCAACACGUACAUCCAUACAUCAUGUAUCUGCACACCCUUGUCUCAUGCAAACCGCUUUGGCUAAUC